CUUCAUUUCAGAAGCGUUUCAUUUCGCCUCAAUUCCGAGACGCAUAGCAGAACCCCUACCCCCUCCUGCUUCUUUCUCUCUCUCUCCUUCCGACGUCGUCAUUUCACGUAUUUCUCUUCUUCUCUGAGCGUUGAUUGGGGUUUCAUGCAUCUCGAUGCUAUGGAUUCGUUGGAUCGUUUGCGCGUAGAGGGGCUGUUUGCUGCCUGCUCGGUGUGGGCAGAUUAGAGAAAAAUCGAUCGGUUCUUGCCCGGUGAUUUUUCGCGAUCUUUUAUGUGGAUUCAGAUGGCAGAAUCUGCGGUUUGAUCCGCUUGAAACUGGCAAAUCUCCACCAGAUUGAAUCUUGUGAGGUCUUCGUUCUCUUUCUUCAUCUUUUUCCAACAUAACUCUCUAUAACUCUGCAGUCAAAGCAAUGAAUAAACUUACUGUGGAGAUAGAAGACACUUUUGCGAGCGUUCUUGAGCUCGCGGCUAAUAACGAUGUGGACGGUUUCAAGCGAUCUAUUGAUCGAGAUCCUUUGGCCAUUGACGAGGUUGGGGACUGGUACGGUCGCAAGAAGGUGAUCGAGCAGCGAACUCCACUCAUGGUCGCCUCCACCUAUGGAAACCUUGAUGUGCUCGAGUUGAUUCUUAACCUCUCCUCUGAGAAUGUUAACCGAUGCUGUGGCCCAGACAAGACCACUGCCCUCCACUGUGCUGCUUCUGGUGGUUCUGUGAAUGCUGUGGAGGCAGUCAAAAUCCUUCUUUCGGCUGGAGCCGACCCUAACUGUGUAGAUGCCAUGGGCCAUAGACCAGCUGAUGUGAUUAUCGUCCCUCAUAAAAUGUCUAACGGGAAGGCUGCACUUGAAGAGCUUCUUGGAAGUUCUGAAGGCGCAGUCCGCGAGAUUCAUCGCCAAGGCCUUUGGGUUGCUACAUGCUCUUCGAACUCCAACUCUCCAUCACUUUCAUCAUCAGCAGAAGAGCAGGGGUCGCCUUCCUCUGAUUCAUCCUCCUCUCCAAUAGAUGCGAAAUUUCAAGAGCUCCCUGCCCUGCCGGAAAAGAAAGAGUAUCCUGUUGAUCCUUCCCUUCCUGAUAUCAAGAAUAGCAUGUAUGCUACAGAUGAGUUCCGGAUGUUCUCAUUCAAGGUCCGCCCUUGCUCAAGGGCUUACUCACAUGACUGGACUGAGUGCCCCUUUGUUCACCCAGGUGAGAAUGCCCGGAGGCGUGACCCUCGCAAGUUUCAUUAUAGCUGUGUUCCUUGCCCUGACUUUCGAAAAGGGGCAUGUAGGAGGGCAGAUAUGUGUGAGUAUGCGCAUGGGGUGUUUGAGUGUUGGCUUCACCCAGCGCAGUAUCGCACAAGAUUGUGUAAGGAUGGGACUAACUGUGCAAGAAGGGUUUGUUUUUUUGCUCACACUAAUGAAGAGCUUCGUCCUCUAUACAUGUCUACUGGGUCAGCUGUACCUUCACCUAGAUCAUCCGCCUCUGCUAUGGAGAUGGCUGCCAUGGGCCUCAUGCCAAGCUCUCCAUCUUCUGCUUCAGCAGUCAUCCCUUCUUUUACGCCUCCAUUGUCUCCUUCUGCCAACGGGAUCUCUCAUUCUUCAAUCAACUGGCCACAACCUAAUGUGCCUGCGCUGCACCUUCCUGGAAGCAAUCUUCAGUCAAGCAGGCUUAGAUCAUCUCUUAGUGCUAGAGACAUGCCAUUGGAUGACUACUUCAACCAGGAAUUAGAAGCCCACCAUUUGAUGAAUGAGCUAUAUAUCUCUCGAUUUGGCUCCUCCGCCGGCAAUAGAACAGUCCGGUCAAAGAACAUGACUGCUUCUAACCUUGAUGAUCUUUUUUCAGCUGAAAUUUCUUCCUCUCCCAGAUAUAACUCUGAACAGGGAGCUAUUUUCUCUCCAUCACAUAAGACUGCUAUCCUUAAUCAGUUUCAGCAACAGCAGCAGAGCCUCCUUUCACCUAUAAAUACAAAUACUGGGAUGUUCUCUCCAAAAGCUUUGGAUCAACAGCUACCUGGACACUCCUCUUUCUUGCAGGCCUCUCUAGGUUUAUCUUCGCCUGGAAGGAUGUCACCAAGAAACAUGGAGCCUGUGUCCCCAUUGAGUUCUCGCCAUGCUUCAUAUGUUCAGCAUGAGAAGCAACAGCAGCAAACUCUCAGAAGCCUUAGCUCCCGGGAUUUGGGGGCUGGAGCAAAGGCAGUUGUUGGCUCACUAUUGAGUUCAUCAUUGUCCAAGUGGAGUUCACCAUCCGGGAUGCUUGAUUGGGGUGUCAAUGGUGAAGAGCUCGGUAGGCUUAAGCGAUCAUCUUCUUUCGAGCUUCGUUCCAGCAGCGAAGAACCUGAUGUCUCUUGGGUUAACUCACUGGUGAAAGAAUCUACACCAGAGAAGGCAGCGGCCAUGAAUUCUUUUGUGGGAGAAGCUGAUGGCGGUUAUGAUGAUGGUGCAAUUGGGGCAUGGCUGGAAUAAAUGGUCAACUGAAAGUCUUGACAUGCCAACUUCUACUCUCCUGCAACUUGAUGAGUUUCUACUACUACUACAAGUAUUCGAAUUAGUACGUAAUUUUUUUGGCUGGAAGUGGUCGGGGCAGUUAAAUUGGGGUUGGUUUUAAACUUUGAAGAUUCAUUUUCCCGAAAUGAUUUGUUUUUUACUUGAAGAGUAUGUUAGAAAGGUUACAGAAGUUGGUGAGUAAAUCUCUGUCUGGGUCCAUUAACGGGACUUUCCAGGACAGUUACCCUCUUGUUUGAUAUAUUUUUUUCUCCGUUUUGCUCAACCUUCAUGAAGAAAAAUCCUACAUUUCUUUGAAUUUUAAACCUGUUUAGCCUUGAUGUUUCCUCUUUUGACCAUGUCAUCCUUUCAAACAUGACGUGCCGUUGGGUUCAAUAAGCGUUGGUUACUUUCCAAUGAGUGUCCUUCAUGAUUCAACCUCUAGAAGUAAGUUUCAUUUUUUUUAAUGAAAAUGUCUGUAUUAUGUACAAUCAAAGCCAACUUUCUUAUUAUGUUUAACAUCAGCAUUCUUUUUA